AUGCCAGCAGACGGUGUCUAUUACUCCCCGACGGGCAAAAAGACAUUUAUCCCGCUCGAGAACAACCCCGACGUCUUCACUUCGCUCGUGCACGACCUCGGCGUGUCGCCCUCGCUGGGCUUCUUCGACGUCUACAGCCUCGACGAGCCGGCCCUCCUGGACCUCGUGCCGCGGCCCGCGCUGGCGCUCAUCUUCAUCGCCCCGGCGCCCAUGUACUAUCAGGUCCGAGCCGCCGACGGGACCAGGAUCGCCAAGGAGGACGGGGUCACGUACAGGGGGGCCGGCCCGGGCGAGCCGGUGACCUGGUUUCGUCAGACGAUCGGCAACGCGUGCGGGCUGUACGCGCUGAUCCACGCCGUCGGCAACGGCGAGGCGCGGACGUUGGUGACGGAGGGGUCUCUGCUGGACGGGCUGCUGAAGGAGGCGGAGCCGCUACGGUGGGAGGCGAGGGCGGACGUGCUGUACAAGAGCGAGGAGCUCGAGGAGGCGCACAUGAAGGCGGCGCGCAAGGGGGACACGGCGCCGCCGCCUGCGGAGGAGCGCCCGGGAUACCACUUCAUCGCCUUCGUCAAGGGCAAAGACGGCCAUCUAUGGGAGUUGGAGGGCGGGUCGGACGGGCCUGUCGAUCGGGGCCUGUUGGAGGAGGGCGAGGAUAUGCUGAGCGAGGGGGCGUUGGAGAAGGGCGUCAAGAAGUUCUUGAACUAUGCCGACGGGAACCUGGAGUUUAGUAUCGUUGCAUUGGCCGAGAAGGAGUGA